AUGCCAUGCAUGCUCACUAUGGUAUUGGUGGUGCUAGGAUUCACUCUCAGUCCGGAGACCUGUGAGAAAGUUGGCCUCCAGAUCUCCGUAUCGCUGGCCAUUUGCAUUUUCCUCACUAUUAAUGAACGAGAUGACUCCACACACAUCCGAAGCCGGGUCUUUUUUCAAAGUUGCAUGGUAAUAUCGGUGCUGGCGACAUCUUUCACCGUGUUCGUACAGAGCUACCACUUUCGUAGCCAACACAACACACUUCGCAUGACAUUCUGGAUUGCAGUGAUUAUUGCAUUCUUGGUAAUGCGAUUUAUACUUCUUGAAUGGGCUCCAUGGUUUUUACGAAUGGAGUUCCCCGACAGAAAAAAUACUAUCGAAACGAUGAAGGAGAGCUGGUCUAACCGGAACCGGAAGCGACGAGGCACAAUCACUGCUUUUGACUACGUGCAGGUGAGUUCAAAAAUCAAAGACGACGAAAAGCUUCUGCAGCGCAUACGAGUGCUUCAAAAAAUUCACGAUCACGUCAAG